GCAGUAGUGAUGGCCGACUCAUGGUGCACCAUUGAGAGUGACCCCGGCGUCUUCACGGAGUUGAUCGAGAAGAUCGGGGUGGAGGGCGUGCAGGUGGAGGAGCUGUACUCGCUCGAUGAUGAGACAAUGGCCAGCAUUGAGCCCAUCUACGGAUUCAUCUUUCUCUUCAAGUAUGACUCGUCCAUGUCGUCGAGUGGACAGGCCGAGACCGACGCGUCGGCCCAUCCGGGCUUGUUCUUUGCCAAGCAGGUCAUCAACAACGCGUGUGCAACCCAGGCGAUCAUAUCGGUCCUUCUCAACGUGCCGCAGAUCGAGGUCGGGGCUACUCUUGCAGAGUACAAGGACUUUGCCGCGAGCAUGGACCCGGAGCUUCGUGGCCUCGCUCUCUCCAACCAGGAAACCAUCAAGCGGAUGCACAACUCGUUUGCCCGCCCGGAGCCGUUUGUGAUGGAGUCGGCCCGUGCCACAAAGGAGGACGAUGUCUACCACUUUGUCUCGUACAUUCCGUUCGGCGACUCGCUGUACGAGCUCGACGGCCUUCAGGCUGGACCCAUCAACCACGGCCCCGUCGGCGAGUCAUGGCUUGCCAAGGCCCGCGAGGUCAUUGCUGCCCGCAUCGAAAAGUACGCCUCGUCCGAAAUCCGCUUCAACCUCCUGGCCGUUGUCAAGAACCGCCGCACCCUCUACUGCGAGGACAUCGUAGCCAAGAAGGCCACCCUACGCGCCGCCGCCGCCGCCCUGCAGGCCUCGACCGACGGCAGUGCCCUUGAUGGCCUCGAUAUGCCCAUGAUCGAGGCCUAUGGCGCCGUCACCCCCGAGGAGCUCGAGCUCUCGCGCAUCUCCGACCCGGACGCGCCGAGCCUCGUCAACGGCGGCGAGCCGCUUCCGGCCGACCUCGCCGGCCUUCGUGCCCUGGCGGCCUCGCUCCCGGAUGAAAUCACCAUCCUCAUCAACAAGAUCCAGGCCGAGAAGGCCAAGUACGCCGCGUGGCAGCUCGACAACAUCCGCCGCAAGCACAACUACGUCCCCUUCAUCGUUGCCAUGCUCAAACACCUUGCCCGCAAGGGCGAGCUCAUCCCGCUCAUCAACGGCGCCACCGCCGACGCGUAA